AUGGAAGAGUGUUUAGAUGAUAUAAAUGAAGUUCUUGAGCCACAGAAGAGAAGAAAGAAACGAGCGGUCAUUGAUCGGAGAAGUGAAGAAGGAAACAUCCGCUUGUUCAAUGAUUAUUUCAGUGAGAAUGCUAUAUAUCCCGAGGCCAUAUUCCGACGUCGCUUUCGGAUGAACCGACCAUUGUUCAUGCGCAUAGUUAACAAGCUAUCCGAGUUACAUUACUUUACGCACUUACCGGAUGCUGAUGCAGUCGAUGAAUACCUCAGACUAGGAGCGAGCACUGCGCUAAAAUGCUUGCAUAAAUUUGUCAACGCAAUCAUCUUAUUUUACGAGAAGGACUUACCUCAGAAGGCCUACACCAGCAGAUCUCAAACGAUUACUCAAGGUCGGAGAGAGGUGGAUUUCCCGGCUCAAUAG